AUGCAUCGUUUGGUGAAGAUAUACUUGUUUACCGAGUGGAAAAAAGCUGUACGGUUCAUGAGAAGGAUUGAAGAGCUUGUUGAAGAACAUGACCAUCAUCCUAGUAUCCUCAUCUGUCCUGCAUCAGAUCACCCAAGUAAGAAAUGGUCACAAGCGAAAGGGUACAUUGUCGAAGUUUCUACUCAUACUCAUACGCCUUUAUCGUACAUAGAACCGGGGACACCAAAAAAAGCGACGGAAGAUAAGCCUUUGCCAGGGAUAACGGGGAAGGAUCUUGGUUUUGCGCAAGAGUUGGAGGAGGUUCAUCGAGAGUUGAGUAGGAUGGUUUGA